CGACAAUUUCCGGAAUCUCUUCGUCCGAUAGGCAAGCAUUUUUCUUUUAAGUCACUGGUCUUCCCCGAUCUAUGGGCACAGACGUGGCGCCAAUCGCCAUGGACACCCUUUCGAGUUCCUCGCGUCUUCUCUUGUGUACACUAUCAUCAAAGACGUGUCCCCGCCGAACAUUCCCUGUUAAAUGGCGAGCCGCACACAGUACCAAUAAGCCAUCGCUAUUUUCAAGACAGAAAAGACAUUACAGCGCGCCAAUUUCAAAAGCCCCCGUAAUCGACCGGUCAAAAUCGAAACUCCUCAAGUCUGCUGACGAAGCCGUCUCUGACCUCCAACCCGGCUCUACGAUCCUAAGUGCAGGUUUCGGUCUCUGUGGUGUCGCAGAAACACUCAUUCACGCAAUUAAGAAUCGAGGCGUGGAAUCAUUACACUCUUUAACUGCUGUCUCUAACAAUGCUGGCGUUGAAGGAGUUGGCGGCUUAUCGCUUCUCACGAAAACCGAACAAGUGAAUAAACUGAUUAUUAGCUUUUUGGGGAAUAAUAAGGCACUGGAGAAGAAGUACUUGACCGGGAAUAUUACAAUUGAGCUUUGCCCGCAAGGGACUUUGGCUGAGAGAAUCAGGGCUGGUGGGGCCGGUAUUCCGGCCUUUUAUACACCCACGGCUGUCAAUACGCUAUUGCAGGAUGGCAAGAUCCCGGCGCAAUUCGAUAACGAGGGGAACGUAGUUGGAUAUGGGACGCCACGAGAAACGAGGGAGUUCAAUGGGAGAAUGUAUCUUAUGGAAACGGCUUUGACCGGUGAUGUUGCUAUUCUACGGGCAUGGAAGGCUGAUGAAGCAGGCAACUGCUGCUUUAGGUACACGACCAAAGCAUUCGGACCCAUCAUGGCGAAAGCAGCACGUCUCACAAUCGUUGAAGCGGAGAACAUUGUCCCCAUCGGCUCGCUUGACCCUAACGACGUCGACUUGCCCGGCAUAUUUGUUGAUCGCAUUGUGCCCGCCACUGCCGAGAAACACAUCGAAAUCAAGAAGCUUCGCGAUCCUCUUGAAUCUCGGAAGAACACUGAACCCAACGAGGCAGUUGUGAGAAGAAACCGCAUCGCAAGACGUGCAGCGAAAGAACUCAAACACGGAUACUAUGUCAACCUAGGUGUCGGCAUUCCCACAUCUGCUGCAGCUUUCGUACCCUCAGGCACAAAAGUGUGGUUACAAAGUGAGAACGGAAUCCUCGGCAUGGGCCCACAUCCAACUGAAGACGAAGUCGACCCCGAUAUUGUCAAUGCAGGCAAAGAGACUGUCACGCUUCUCCCUGGCGCUUCCACCUUUGACAGCGCCGAGUCCUUCGGGAUGAUCAGGGGCGGCCAUGUCGAUGUGUCCAUCCUCGGCGCCCUGCAAGUCAGCGCGUCAGGCGAUCUGGCAAACUACAUGGUUCCUGGGAAGGUGUUCAAGGGAAUGGGUGGCGCGAUGGAUCUUGUUUCCAAUCCGGAUGCAACGAAGGUUGUUGUGGCGACGGAGCAUGUCGCGAAGAAUGGGAGUCCGAAGAUUGUACAGAGUUGUAGUUUGCCGCUGACAGGAGCGAACUGUGUGGAUAGGGAGAAGGGGGAGUUGUGGUUGACGGAGGUUGCUCCGGGGGUGAGCGUGGAGGAUGUGAAGGCGAAAACUGGAGCUAAGUUUACUGUUUUUCCGAAGUUUAAGUCAAUGGAGUAG